AUGCAAGACUACAGUGAGCUGCCAAGCAACCUGCUCCUCAAGAAAAUUUCCCCCAAGAUUCUCCCACCUUGCUUGGCAGCUCUGUGGGGUAUCAUUGUCAUGUGUCUUGGAUUUGUGCGCGGCUUCACUGGCUUCUGGGUUGUACGCGCCCUGCUUGGCGUCGCCGAGGGUGGCCUACUUCCGGGCAUGGUGCUGUACCUCUCCGGUCUGUACACGCGCGGAGGGCUCGCAUUGGCAUCUUGUAUUCCGCGGCGUCCCCGUCUGGCGCUUUUGGAGGCCUCUUUGCGCGUGGAUCAUCAGCAAUUGGACCACGGGGUGGCCUUGAGGGUUGGCGAUGGAUUCUCGUCAUCGAGGGACUUGUCGUACGUGCCCGAGAGAUUUCACUCUGCCGAUGAAUGA